CGUAUAGACACCUGGACCUGUUGAUAUUUUUCUCCCCUACCCAUUACUCUCUCACAGCGCAGUUGCUGUUCCUCCUUCUCCUCCUCCUCUCCGGUGUAGCAACUUCAUCCGUCGCACCCACACAGACUAGAAGUUGACAAAGGACAGAGCCGUUCAAGAUGGCGUUGCCGAAGAGAAUCAUCAAGGAGACCGAGCGCUUGAUGGCGGAGCCGGUUCCCGGCAUCAACGCGGUCCCCCACGAGGACAACCUGCGCUACUUCGAUGUCUCGAUCCACGGACCUGCACAGUCGCCGUACGAAGGUGGCAUAUUCCGCCUCGAACUGUUCUUGCCUGAGGACUACCCUAUGACUCCGCCCAAGAUUCGCUUCUUGACGAAGAUCUACCACCCCAACAUCGACCGGCUGGGACGGAUCUGCUUGGAUGUGCUCAAGAACAACUGGUCCCCCGCUCUCCAGAUCCGCACGAUCCUACUCUCGAUCCAGGCUCUGUUAGGUGCCCCGAACCCGGACGAUCCGCUCGCCAACGACGUUGCUCAACGAUGGAAGGAAGACGAGCCAGCUGCCAUACAGACCGCCAAAGAGUGGACUAGAACUCACGCCAUGACCUAGAUACAUGUCUUUUGAUUUUGAGAAGGGGGUUGACGGAGAGAAAAAAAGGCGUUUCGGCGGCGACCCUCCCCAACGGUCACUAUGACCAGAACCCCGUAGGCGCAACAGGACGUUUGGACGUGACCCAUGAGACCACACAAAACAGAAGAAAAGUACUGCUUGUUCUUUUCAUUCAAGACUUCCCCUCGACUUAUCGCAUCAGUCUUUCCAGCUACCUCACUUACCCUUUCACCCGAAGAGGGUCGAGGCCGACACUACACAUGAGAAAUUUGGGCUCCGCAACCGCUGAAUUCGCUUUUUGGUCACCUCGUGUAGUCUGUGGGAAAGGCCGUCACUCGUGUCUGGUACAUCUUGUACUGGGCUCAUGGUCUUUUUGCGUUCUUCGAGAAUGUAGUUAGUCUCGCUUAGCCAUGUCGCCAUGUUGGAGCGCUUUCGCAUGGAUAGAUAGCAAUGUACAUAUGAUUUCAC